AUGGCUUCCAAGAAUUGGAAAGCGAAGGCCUCUCUUUCCCCAAACGUGUUCUUUGAUGAUGUGGUUCCCCAAAUUUAUGUUGACACUUUGUGUCCGCUGUGGUGUACGACCACGACUGUUUUGGUUUAUUUCCUGAUACUUCGUUUAAAACCUUUAUGGGUUUCUGGGAUUUCGAUCGGAGCCAAUGAAUUGAAUGAACGACAGGAGUUGAAUAACACAACUCUUAGCACGGGCCAAAGAAUCCAGCUGAGACCUUAUCAUAUACAGGGUUCUGUGUUUCUUUAUGCCUGA